CGCACGGCCCAGCAGCGAGCGCCCAGCCCGGCCCGGCCCCGUCAGCCGCCCCCCAUGGAGGAGCAGCCCCACCACCACCAUCACCACCACCACUAUUACUACUACGGGCACCACCACCACCACCCGCAGAGCGCCUACCUGCCACCGCCCGACGGCCGAGCCCAGCCUAAGCCGCCGCUCCGCCACGAGCACAAGCACGGCGGCCCGCAGCACACGGAGGCGCCGAAGCGGAGACCAGGCUACGGAGAGCUGAAUGGUAACGCAGGAGAACGAGAAGUGUCACUGAAGGGCCUAUGCUCUGAUGAAGCCACCGCCCCAGGAUCCAGGGUACCCAAUGGCAGCCAGCAGCUCGUAGACCCUAAUGUCACCCCAAAGCAGACUGUGAAGGCCGGUGCUUUGGGGAAAGCUGGAAUCAAAACCAAGAACUUCAUUCAGAAAAAUAGCAUGGACAAAAAGAAUGAGAAGUCCUACGAAAACAAACACAGAGAAAACCAGUCCUCAGACAAGCCAGAGGGAGUGUCUAUUCCAAACGGCGUGGUGACCAAUAAUUCCAGCUACAUCACAAAUGGCUACGUAGGCAAAGGGGCUGACAACGAUGGCAGUGGCUCUGAGAGUGGAUAUACUACACCUAAAAAAAGGAAAGGCAGGCGCAACAGUGCCAAGGGUUGUGAGAACUUGAAUCUAGUACAGGACAAAAUAAUGCAGCAGGAGGUCAGCGCACCAACCUUGAAACAGGAACUUGAGAGUUUCAAGCCUGAUUAUAGUGAACAAAAGGGGAACCGAAUUGAAAAUACUAAGCCUGUUUGGAAAUAUGAGGCUGGGGCUGGUGGAGCAGGCAGGGGAAAGCCUGGGCUCGGGGAUGUACCACGGAAAAACUCUGAUGCCAAACCUGGGAUUAGCAGCAAGAAGUUUGAUGACCGGCCCAAAGGGAAGCACGCAUCGUCGGCUACGUCUAAAGAGGACUCAUGGACCUUAUUUAAACCACCCCCAGUUUUUCCAGUGGACAAUAGCAGUGCUAAAAUUGUUCCCAAAAUUAGUUAUGCAAGUAAAGUUAAAGAAAACCUCAACAAAGCAGCUCAAACCCCGUCCACGUCAUCCUCAUCAUCUUCAUCAUCUGCUGGGGAAACUCAAGCCCAGACAUCAAGUCGACUGUCCCAAGUCCCCAUGUCUGCUAUGAAAUCUGUCACCUCUGCCAGCUUCUCCAACGGGCCAAUCCUUGCUGGGACUGAUGGAAGUGUGUAUUCCCCAGGGGCCCAGCCACUGCUCUCCACUGCUGCUAGUACUGUACCAUCGACCUCCUCCUCCUCCUCUGAGCCUGUACCCCAGGACAUGAGUACAACUUCGACAGCCCUCGAACAAAAGAAAUCUGGCCUUUUUAUCUACCCUUCAAAUAUGCAAACUGUGCUCCUGGGGACAACACAAGUCGAUUUCCCUUCACAGACGAAUCAGCAGAACCUGGGGGAUAUCUUCCAGAAUCAGUGGGGCUUGUCUUUCAUAAACGAGCCCAGUGCUGGACCUGAAACCGUUGUGGGGAAAUCUGCGGAUAAUCAGUUAAUGGAAGUGACAUUUCAAGGGGAAUAUCCUGCCACUUUGGUUUCACAGUGUCCUGAAAUCAUUCCCUCAGGAACUGAACAACCUGUGUUUCCUAAGGCUUAUGAGCUGGAUAAACGGACUAGCCCUCAAAUUCUUAGUGCUGUUCUUAAGCCUGGGACUGCUGUUGAGGGUGGUGUCUUAGCUUUGGAGUCGCAUCACACGGGUGACCUACAAAAGGCAGACACCGGUAGCCAAGGUGCUUUAGUGUUUCUUUCAAAAGACUAUGAAGUAGAGAAUCCUCUGGCCUCUCCUACGAACAAUUUGCUAGCCUCCGCCAAAGAACAGAGGUACCAGAGAGGCCUAGAAAGGAAAGAUAGCUGGGGUUCUUUUGACCUGAGGGCUGCUAUUCUAUAUCACACUAAAGAAAUGGAAGCGGUUUGGAAUUUGCAGAAGCAAGAUCCCAAAAGGAUAAUCACUUAUGAUGAAGCCAUGGAUCGCCCGGAUCAAUGAAGGUAGCAAGACAAGACUGCCUGUUCUAACCUUUCUGCAGCAUUUGUGCUGUUCGUGGGGGACAAAAAGGCUUUUAUGCUCCUUCUAAAUCUUCAGUGCAGCAGAGGAACCAUAACUAGAAUCACAGGAUAAUAUAUACAAAUAUAUAUAUAGUUAUUUAAAAAUGGCAACUGAAAGUAAUUAGACUUCUUAAGGAAUCUGAAAAUUUAUUUCAACGAGACUACACACGUGAUUAUUUAAUCUCCGGUACUGAAUAGAUAUUUUUUUUUUCCAUUUUUGUUUUGUUUUGUUUUUGUUUAAAGAGUGAAUGCAAGCGAUUAAGGAAUACAGACUCAAUUACAAGCCCGGUUUCAAAGUUCCUGCUGUCGUCUGCAUGGGCAACAGCAACCCACUGGAGAGGCAUUUCCACUUGACAAGGUUUCUGUUUCUUGUUCUGUGACUGUAGUGACACACUAAUCACAGGGAAAUCAGGAUGAAUCACCAUCCUUCAUCUCCUCUUUCCCUUCCGCCUCCCCUGUUUGGUUUCUUUUUUUUUUUUUCUGAUUUGUUUUCCAUUGAAUGCUGGAGAAACGCCUUGAAGUUUGCAGAGUUUCUUUUUUUUCUUCCAGAUAAUUAUAAUCCGCAUGUUUUGCCAGGAGUAAAGCAGCAAUCCUAUGCUGGUGAUAUUGUCUUAAAAGGAUCAUUCUGCUGAGGGAAAGAUGGUAAUACUGCAGUUCUAGGAUGCAUGGUGAAGUCACACAGUUGACCUGGCUCCUGUUACACGUUGGACUAUUGCAACUGAAGAGUUAUUUCAUUUUAAAAGACAACAUGGAAAAAUAAGCAAUCUGUUUAGGCAUUUAAUAUGGAGAAAAAAAAAACAACAACAAAAAAAAACCCCACUGUUCCCACAGUUUAAUGCCAUUGUAUUACUGGGAGCAAGAAAAAAAAAGAAAAAAAGACAAAAAAAAACUAUCUUCUGCUUUCAACUGUAGGUGCUUCAUAUUUGCUCUGUCUGUCUCCUAACACUAAAUGUGCUGGAUUUUUUUCCCAUUUUCAUUGGAAAACUGAAGAGGAAUUGAGUUCUGCUAACUUUCACCCUUCUUGAAUUAUUUUUUCUCUUAAAAAAAUUUCAAAAUAACAAAAAAAUGAAAAAAGUUUAAAAAAAAAGAAAAAAAUGGGAAUUUGAAUCCUUUUCAAUUUGUCCAUAGAAUGCCAAUGGCUGGGCUUCCUGCCCCUUGGAAAUGCUCUUUUAUAUUUUAAUGCAGUCUGUGUAUUUCCGGGCUCUGCUUCUAAUUAUCUCUUAAUAAAAAUAUAUUUUAUUACAAAAAAAAUGGAGGACUUAGGAAUGAAAAUAAUAAUUUAAAAAAAUAAAAAAAAAAUAAUCCCAGGGAAAGGAAAGCUUCCUAGCAGUGGUAGGGAAGGCUGAGCAGAGUGCAGGCUCCAGCUGUGUAACCCCUCUGUCCCAUUGCAGCUUGUGUAAUGUGUCCCAAUCAUCUGGGGGUCGGGUAGUUUUUCUGGGUUUUUUUUAAAGGUGGAAAGUUCACAGGGUCCAGUGCAAGAGUGAGAAAUGAAUAAAGCAGAAAUGGGUUUGUUGGCCAGCCCCAGCUCCCCAUGUACCCAGUGCUCAUCAUGGGUGUUGGUGGCCUAAUCCUGGCUCUCCAAAGCAGCAGCAGUUGGUGUCUCCUAAAAUGAGACUGGACCCUCUGGGGCAUUAGGAGGAAUAGAUAAACCCAAAAUUCUGGAAUAUCUUUUGUGCUUAGAUCUGUCCAUCAAGCCAUGGGGCUGCUGUCCAGUCACCAGAGGGUCCCACAGGGCUCCAUCCUCAGCCCAACAUCUCAUUAACAACCUGGGCUCAGGACUCAAAGAGAUACUAAUUUUGCUGACACACUAAACUGUGAGGAACUUUUGACACCCUCAAGGGCAGAGAGCCCUCAACAAAUUAAGAGAUGGGCAAUCACCAACUGUCUGAAGUUUACAAGGGUGAGUGUCAGAUUCUGCACCUGGGAUGGCAGCCCUGGAUGGACUGGGAGGCUGGAGAGCAGCACCAUGGAAAGGGAGCUGGGGCUCCUGGUCCAUGGCCCAGCAGGACCUGUCCUGUUCUGCUCUGGCCUCACCUCGAGUUCCUGGGGCAGUUCUGGGCACCACAACAUUAGAAAAACCCCUAUUAGAGAGCAUCCCAAGGAGGCCAUGAGGAUGGGGAAGGGUCUGGAAGCCUUAUGAGAUCACUUGGUUUGUUCAGCUGGAGAGGAGGAGACUGAAGGGAGAACAUCCUCCCAAGGGGCAGCAGGGAGGCAGGUACCAAUCUCUUCACUCUUGUGACCAGUGAGAGGGAGUAGCCUGAAGCUGAGUCAGGAGAGGGUUAGGUUGGAUAGCAGGAAGAGGUUCUUCACCCAGAGGGUGGUUGAGCGCUGGAACAGGCUCCCCAAGGAAGUGGUCACAGCACCAAACCUGUCUGACUUCAAGAAGAGUUUGGACAAUGCUUUCAGGCACAGGGUGGGAUUCUUGGGGUGUCCUGCACAGGGCCAGCAGUUGGACUCGAUCCUGAUGGGUCUCUUCCAACUCAGAAUAUUCUAUGAUUCUAUAGCUUUCUUUUUUUUUUUUUUUUUUAGUAGGAGUAUGUAGCAUGUGUUUUUUUUAAUUGUUUUUAUACUUUUAAUAAGAUUGUUCCUGAAUGAGACACUUGAGUUCAUGGUGGGACAAUGAAACUGAAAUUCUGUACCUUGUGUAAGACGCUCGCUUUCUGCCACGCUUAAACAUUUGACUAUGGAUUGCCUACUCCAUUUGAUGUAUCCAGAGCUAUAUAGUAUAAUACUGAGUGUGAUACUAUAUAGUCAUCAUGUAUUGUAUCAGUCCAGGUUCAGAAAUGUGUGGUUGGCCAGUCGCAAAUAGUUCUGUUUCACCUAUAAACUUGUACCACCUCUGCAGGUGUGUGUAACUUUGAGAUGCAUAACAUGUUUACAGAUGUGCCCAACAUCUAGUCCUCCAACGUUCCUAUUUUUAAUUCUGUUGAGUCUCCCAACUGCUUGCCAAAAGUUGGAAUUGCCUCCAGCUCCACUGCUGAAGAACUGGGGCAUUCCUGAGCUUUAAAGUGUUGAACAAACUGGAUAGUGGGGCUGGGAAAAUGAAGGUGGAAGAAAUGUUCUUUUUCCUUUUUUAUUAUAAUUAUUAUUAUUUUCAAAAAGUUGAAGGCUAAUAGAAAAGUUUCCAGUUUGUUUUACUGGCUUUAAGGCUCUGCUGUGUAUUUAUUUGCCUUGUGUAGUCACUUGUCGCCUUAAGGGCUGGGUUCCAUUAAAAAAAAAAAGAAAGAAAAAAAUACAAAACCACCCUGUUUUGCUUCCCUGGGUCUGUGCUGUCCUGUACCCCUGCCCCUGGUCUGUGCUUGGGGCGAUGCAGGAGUUGAGCAGCACUGGCCCUGCACCUCUAGAAGGGUCUGAGUCUUGCUGAAUAUUUGAGGACUGUCAUCUUGGCCUAGUCCAGUCUGUCACCUGAAUAGUGAAAGAAAUGCUGAGAGGAGCUCGGUUCAGCGAUGGGUUGGGCUGGAUUCCCCCUGAUGCUCAUCUCUGUGGCUUUGCCUCGCCAGCAGGACCCAUCCAGAAACACCCUCGGCAGCACCUUCUCUGCUGUAUUUCUGCCCAUCCUCUGUUCAGAUGUCUGUCUGUCUGUCUCCAUGAGCUCCACGGCGUGUGCUCAGCUCUAAGCAGUUAGGAAUUCCUCUCUCUGAGCUCCUGUAGCUGCGGCUCCCUGGUGUUUCUGGGAUAGACUAUUGCCUAGAGCCAGGCAGGACCAUGGAAGGAACUUCCUCAUGCUGUUGUGUAACUCACCCUGUUGCUGUCUGCAGUCCUCCCCAAGUCCUCACACAAUUCUUAACUGAGCACUUAUUAAAAAUAUCUUAAGAUUUAAUCUGUUUUCUGAUUAUUUUUGUGUAAACUUAUAAAAAAAAAAAAAAAAAAAAAAAAAAAAACAAACUGAAAUUGAGCUGUGACUAAUUUAGCACAUUGAAAUAACGAUAAGGUGUUACUGAUAAGUCUCAUGUUUUGUUUUGUUUUGUUUGACUCAGAGUAUUAGUACUGUAGCAUAAACCAAAUACAGCCUGGGAAGGGGAGCAGAGGCCUCCUGUCCUGGGUGUGCACCCGAGGGUGUGUGUGGGGGCGAGGAGCCGGCGGUGCGCGUGCGAGCAUCUCACUUGUGAGGAAGGAGAGCGAGCGUGUAUUUAUUUGUGCCAUUGUUUGCAUUACACUGAGUAAAGAAAGUUUUAAAUCAAAACCCCUUCAAUAUGUCUAGUACUGGAAAGCAGCACUAAGGGUGAGAUCAUGACCUAUUUUUUUAUUAGCUAUGAAGAUGCUAAUUCAGGUUAAGGCUUCUCUCUUGUUUCUGUUCCCGUUGUGAGUCCCUUUCCUCUGGUUCCCUUUCCAAGCUGUCUGUUUAUUGGAGUGAGGAUUCCUGCACAGGCAGGGGCUGUCUCCUUUCUCUUCUGGUCAUUCCCCACCUCUCCUCUGCCAGCAGGUUCCUUUGGGUGUGUCUUGUACAGGGUCUUGUGUAAUAGAGACUGGAGCAUGUAGUGCCAGCCAGAUCCAGCUUGGGAUCUGCUUGCUUUUGGUGGAUCAUGGAGUGUUCGUGUGCUCCAAGAGGUGCUUUAACAACUGCUCCAUGACAGUGGUUUGGGGCCUUCAGUGCUCUCUCCCACUCCACCCAUUUGGUGGAUUGGCAAAGCAAUGGCUUUCAAGCUUUGCUUGGGAUUUGGUUUUAGUUUAAACCCACCUCAAUCCUCCUUGAAACCUGGUAGAAAUCUCCUGUCUCUUUGACCAGUGGGUAGCUCCAGGGUGUGGAUUCUGUCACUAACCCACUUCAAACCUUUCUGAGCUAGUAAAUCCCACUUUUUGCCUUUCAUAGCUGCUUCUUUAAACUUCUUUGAAAUGUGGAAAGAAACCCAAUUCUCACUAGGUAGUGAGUCCAGCACCUGGGAGUGGGUGAUGGGUGAGCCAGCUAGCUAAACGGAAAGGAAAAUUGCUUCCUGCUAGGAAAAAAAUAGGGAAAGAAAAAGCUGGAAGUUGUGCUCCCACUUGUGUGUGUAAUUAGUGCUUUCACCUUCAAGGCAGUGUUACAAUAACACCAUAGUGUCCUUUCCCAAGUGGCCAGUGGGUGACCUCAGGGACAUAUGGGAGUGAUGGCAUUCACAGCCAGAACUGCCGGUAGUUUUCCUGUGCGUCCAGGUUUUGAUCUUGAUUCAGUAAAUUGCUGUGAUGUCCCAAGCUUUCAGGAGUCUUGCCCUCUCAUCCCUAGAAGACUUUUCUGUCCGUCCAUCAGUUGUGAUUUUUCUUAGAGAGGCUGUUUACAAGGGAGCUGGUUGAGGUUGGGAGGGGAGAGAGCAAGGAUUCACCCACUUCAAAGCUGCUGCACGUUUUCACACUGGUGUGUAAGGCAGGAGAAGGGCUGGUGUGGUGGAGUAGCCAAGAAAGCCAGAGAAAUCCUGGCUUUGGCCACCACCAGAGUGUUUUUCCAUUUGGGAAAACCCUAGAGCACACAGCUGGGAAGCAGGAACCAGGGCUGGUGGGAAGGAGAUCUCCAUGUGCUGCCUUCCAAGGAUUACAGAGCUUUAGAGGUUUGCCCAGUACAUGUUAUACCCCAGGGUCAGGCUGGCUCCUCUGUCCUGCCCAAGAUCCUCUAAAGCAACAGGAGACUGGAGCUGUGGAUGUCUGGGGAGGUAAAAGAGCCCUGUGGUGCCCUCAUGUCCUGGGCAGGAGCCCAUUCCCUGUGCUGGGACUGGAGCAAGAGUCCUGCCUGUGCCCUCACCAGGGGAUGCUGAGCUGGAUUUACCUUGACUGUUAAUCAGAAAGCUUCAUGUAACAUGUCCAGAGCUCUAAAGCCAUUUUGUAAGAUAGCAGUGUCCCUUUUCUACAGCCUUAUUAAAGAGUAGAAGAUCUUUAGAAGGAAGAAAACAAAGAAAAAAAAAUUGCUCAUUUCUUUCUGUGGUAUGAAACUUAUGUACUGCGAACUUCUGAACAUUUAGCAGAAAUACAACUUACAGUUUUCUUAAAAAAAAAAAAAAAAAAACAACAAAAAAAUCCCCAGCCUGUCUGCUUUCCAUACUGGUCUUUCCUCAGGUGCUAAAUAAGGGUUCCAAAAAUGGAUACUGCUUUAGGAGUUCCUGCUUUAUUCUUAAAAUACAUAUUUUUUUGCUUAGGUGUUGUAAAGAUAUUUUAACAAGAAUGUUUUUUUUUAAUGUAAAUAAGGUUGUGUCUUUAAUUUUUGUUUUAUCUCCUUUUUGUCCAUAUUGAAUAGUCAAAUUUCAUUUUGAGAAGGACCCUCUUAUGCCCUUCCCUGAAGACAUUUCAUUAAGUGUUGCUGCAUUUAAGAACGAAUCUACAACUGUUCAUUGUCUUGGAUUAAUGCUGAUGCUGCUGCUAUAAGUAACCCUGAAAAUCAAGAAUGUGUGAUGCACUUUUGUUUUUCGUUUUUGUUGUUUUGUUUUUUUAACAUGACCAUGUAGUUCCUCUGCAGAUAGCUGAACCCUCCUGUAACACAGCCACUGACUGGGGGAGUGUAGGAACUGGGGGAGCUGGGGUGUAGGACAGGGGUGGACCUGAUUUUGGUGCUGACCUAUGGCAAUUUCUAUGCAAACGCAAGCAAAGGAGAACUCUUUAACUUGAGAGAACACUGUGCUUUUUUAUUUUUUAUUUUUUAUUUUUCUCUCCUUCCUUUUCUCAAGCUGCUAUUGGAAGGGUAGUGCAAAUCCCUGAGGUUUUCAACUUCUCCUUCCUCCGUGGCUGGUGGUGCAGGAAAGGUGCCUGAGUAACUUGUAAGGUAGAAAAAACCUCAGCCAGCUCUUGUCUCAUCUCUGGUUUUAAUAUAUUUGUUUUCUAUUUGAAUUUCUCUAUAGAAGGAAAUUGCUCAUCUCUAAAAAAAGCUCUUUUGAAUGCUUUGUCUCAAUGUGAAGUUAACCAGCAGUAUUAAGAAUUGCAUGGCCUCCGUCCUGCCCUUAUCCCAGUGCUGGGGACCCACCAGCUCCUUCUCCACCUGGGGAGCACUCGGUGCCUGGGCUUGGAUGUUUUCCAAGAAAAAGUGAGGUGAAGCCCUCCAGCCAGCCCAAACCUGCCAGUGAAAGGCUUAGGGAGCAGUGGAAGGAGGUCUCACUGCAUCAAGGUGCUGCUGUGAGGCACAGGCAGGUCCAGAACCUCUUCUCUUUGUGGGUCAUACCUGGACCAUGGUGGGGGAUGUGUACCCUGGAGGAGGAGUUUACUGGAGGGGAAAAAGGGAUUCUACUUGACUAUUUAUAGAAGAUCCUUUAGGAAUAUAAAGUACCUCUCUGCAAAGUGGGGUAAGAGUAAGGAAGGUCUAAAGUCGUGUAGGAAAAACACUUGGGGAUUACAACUGCCUGGAAAAUAGUCUACAAAUACAUAGGCCAGAGCUUUCUGCCUGUUUAGUUAGUAUUUUCUUUUUCAGACAGCGUUUGCUCUUUUGCACACCGAGGUGUGUGUGUGUACAUCUGACUCAAUGUGCCUUGCAUGUGUGCUUAGUCUUUCUGGAGAGAGGUGGAGGGGUGUGAGCUGGGGAUGUGGCCACAAGGGCCACUCCCCAUCCACAGGGUUCCUUAGUGUCCCAGUGACCCCUGGGAUCAAAAUGAGAGCUGGACUCCAGCCUGUGUAGUGGCUGUCUUAGUUUGGGGAUGAUGUCCUGUGCAGUGGCACCUGUGACUUCGGAGGGGAGUGGGAGGGAGAGAAGGAAAAGCUGCUUCGCUCUUCUGCGGACAAAAAAUCAGCAUUGCCACGGUUCACCUGCAGAGCCAAAACAAGCUGAGGUCUGGAACCAGCUUUGCUGGAGUUCAGGCUCUCUGUGGCACCAUGAUCCCAUUAUGCAGGGGAUUUAUUCCCUGCCAGGUUGUGGUUCUUGUUUCUGUGGGGUUUACAAGAUUUUUUUUGUAAAGGAGAAGUCAACACGCCUUGCUUGAAGUUAACGAAAUCCAAACGCUUGUGUUUGCAGUCAGUGACUCAGAACUCCAAGCUGUGCAAUUCUGGGUUCUCCAUCUCCCACCCUAGCGUGUGAUGAUUCUGUCCGAGUCUUUCUGUACUUCUGCCACAGUUAAUGUGAAAGCUUGCUUGCAUUAUUUUUUAGAAAUGCAUUUUGCACACUCGGGUUUCGCUGAAGCUCCGUGAUAAGGUUAGUUUGAAGCAGAUGAAUAAAGCUAUGCACAUGUUUUGAAAGUUUAA